CCAGCCGUGGGCUUCGCUCGGCAUCAUGGCGGCGCCGCCGUUGGCCGUUUACCUCUGGAUGUGCGGCGCGGCGGUGACCGCCUCGGCCCAGACGGCAUCCCCCCCUCACCGCACCGAGCUGCUGAGCAUGCGGCCGGACCACACGUCGGCCAAAAAGGUUUACCUGGAGGACGGGAUGCUGACGGUGGUCGAGGGCACCCGCUUCAAGCUGCUCUUCUACGGCAGCGGCCUGCUGCUCAGCGGGUUGCUGGGCGACCAUGGUAACGGCCUCGCCUUCGUCGAGAUGAUUGGCGGCCAGGUCGGUCGCCAGGGUGACCACCAGGCGGGUCGCCAGGGCGACCGGAACGCCCGCUCGAACUGUCCGCAGGACUCGUCGGACGUCAUCGUGCUGGGCCUGGCGGUGGACGAGCGCACGGCCGUGGUGGAGGUGGAGGUCCGCAGCUUCAGGAAGGGAGACACGGUCAAACACUACACCCUUUGCGCCCGAGUGGGAGGCCCCGCCGCCCAGGACUGGGUGCGCUUUGGCCGCCGCGACUUCCACCUGGUGCUGGUGGAGAAAGAGAAGACGACCAGCCUCAAGUUAAAGAUCAUGGUCGCCGUGCUCUUCGUCGGCCUCUCCACCCUCUUCAGCAUCCUCAACGUCAGUCUGAUGGCCCUGGAUCCGGUGGAGCUGCGGGUCAUCAAGAACAGUGGCACGGAGGAGGAGAAGAAAUAUUCGGAGCACAUCGAGUCGGUGCGCAAACAUGGGAAUUACUUGCUGUGCACGCUGAUGCUGGGAGAUGUGCUAAUGAACUGCUCCCUGGUCGUGUGGCUCUGCCAGAUCAUACAGGUCACCUGGCUGACUAUCUUGGUCUGCACUGGAUGCAUCUUUUUCUUUGGCGAGAUCAUCCCUUACGCCGUCUGCUCCAGACACGGCUUGGCACUGGCCUCCAGCACCAUCUGGGUGACUAAAUUCUUCAUGGUACUCACAUUCCCGGCCUCCUAUCCCCUCAGCAAACUCUUGGAUCUGGUAUUGCGCCAGGAGAUAAGUAAUUUCUACACUCGGGAAAAGCUGAUCGAAAUGCUCAAGGUGACCGAUCCUUACGACGGCCUGGUUAGAGAAGAGCUCAACAUGAUCGAAGGAGCUCUUGAACUCAGGAGCAAAACGGUGGAGGACGUGAUGACACCUCUGCGGGACUGCUUCAUGUUGAGCUCUGAUGCUAUCUUGGACUUCGCCACCAUGUCCGAAAUCAUGCAGAGUGGAUACACGAGGAUUCCUGUCUAUCAGGUCGAUCGCUCAAACAUAGUUGAUAUACUUUUCGUGAAAGACCUGGCAUUUGUGGAUCCAGAUGACGGAAUGUCUUUAGAUAUUAUGACCAAGUUUUAUAGCCACCCUCUGCAUUUCGUAUUUAAUGAUGCAAGACUGGCUGGGGUUCUGGAAGACUUUAAAAAAGGUAAAUCUCAUCUGGCAAUUGUACAGAAAGUCAACAAUGAGGGAAUAGGCGAUCCUUUCUAUGAAGUGCUGGGUAUUGUCACAUUGGAAGAUAUAAUUGAAGAACUAAUAAAAUCAGAGAUCCUGGAUGAAACAGACAUAUACACUGACAAUAAGACAAAGAAUAUAGCAUACAGAGAACGAGGACCACGUGACUUUUCGCUAUUUAAAGCCUCUGACACAGACAUGAGAGCCAAGAUGACCCCUCAGCUUUUAUUUGCUACUCAUCGAUUUUUAGCAACAGAGUUGGAACCCUUCAAAAGUACACAUGUAUCAGAAAAGAUUCUGCUAAAACUUCUCAAGCAGCCUCACGUCAUCUGCGAAUUUAAGAUUGAUAAGAUAAGCCAAUCAACCGACCUGUAUCUCUACCAACGGAACAUACCUGUUGACUACUUUAUACUUAUCCUAGAGGGAAAGGUGGAAGUUGAAAUAAGCAAAGAAUCCUUAAAAUUUGAAAAUGGAGCUUUCACCUAUUAUGGAGUCCCUGCACUUACAGGUGCAGUUUCUACAGUCGCCAGAACACCAGAACGCAGUGACCACAGAAUACAAAAGUCAGAAUCACUAUAUCCUUCAGAUCGAGUUGAAUUUGGGGUCAACAUCCACCAACUAAACUUGACUAACCAAACCUAUCUUCCAGACUACUCUGUGCGACCAUUAACUGACCUCCAGUUUGUGAAGAUCACAGGGAUGCAGUAUGCCAAUGCAGUAGUAGCCACCCAAAUCGACAACUCACCCCAGACCCCUGAACUGGAAGUCGUGAUAGAAGAAACAAAGAAGCAAGUGCCAAAGAAAAACGCAACAAGUUCACUGCAAGCGAAGAACGUGAUUCGCAGCAAAUCGGACGGAAUAAGCCUAAGUGGUCCAUUUUUCUUGGGACUAAAACCACUGAAUAACUCUGACACAACUGGACUGAAGAUUGAACAAUCUGGUGAAAACAUCAGCGCAAACGUUGAUCCUGAGGUCAAUAGUCCCGAGAGGAAAGAAGGCACUCCGCUGAGCAGUGGUUCAGAAGAGACACUUGGCAAAAAACUUCUGAGGAAACUAAGCAGCAAAAAGAGGAAGAAAUCCAGAGACAGUGAGAAGAGCCCAGAGGAGAACUUAAAUGCACCUCGACCAAAGAUCUGACAGUCACCUCCGUCGGUGUUGCAAGUUCAAAGCAAAAAAGCAACACGCCUACUGGAGGAAGAAUCCCCUGCUGCCGACGAACAUUUCCUGGCACCAAAACCCAGACUAUAGACCGCGAUCGUCUGACUCUGGUGCACAAGGAGAAAUUAAUGUCAACUGGGCAAAGUAUCAUUGAGCACUUUCCUUCAAUUGAUCACCAUUUCAAUUGACCAUUUUUAUUUAAACUCUUUUUUUUACUGCUUUUGCUUCAUUUUAGUCGCCUCCCAAAACCGGACUGACUUGAACUUUGAAUCAGGUGAUUUUUAGCAUCUUAUGAGGGACUGUACAAAAACUUUAUUUUUCUUUUAUUUUUGAGCGGUGAUAUUGAAAACAUCUCCUCCCUCUGCGUCAGAGGUGAAACAACUCUCUGCUAUCACCUGCUAAUUGAACUUUGCUUUUCCAGUUCACAAGAUACCUUUUGACUUGACUUUGUCUUGCAACAUCUUAGUGGAGGGGAACUGGGUUCUUCUCGCUGCAAAGAUUUCAGCAGCUGUAAACGGAGCAGGACCAUUUCCUAGUGAAUUUUUAAAUAUCUUCUAAAGGAAUGCUGCACUAGGUUCAAUAGAAGUAGUUUGUAUGGGAGACUUAACCUGCCGUAUUUACCCUGUCCCUUCCAUGGCAAGAGGAAGAAGUUUUGUCCCACUUGUAUCAUCACCCUGCUUAAUAUAUACAAAGCAUGUUAUAGCACAGAUCACUGCAAGGUGAGUAUCGAGCUCAUAAAAUGUAUUACCUCAGGUAAAUAUUUUUUAUUAUUAUCAUUUCAAAGGUAGAAAUUUAUAGUUAGGAAAGUUGUUUUUUUGGUGAAUGUAUAAUGUCACCUGAACUACAGUCUUGGAUUUGUGACUUUAAUAAGUCUGUUGAUCUCCCGUUGAAAUAUCUAAGACAAGGCUAUUGUCAAUAACCAAUCCCAAGGGUGUAGAAAUAGUAGAUGGAGUUUAAUCCGAGCAAGUGUGAGGUGUUGCACUUUGGGAGGUUGAAUGUAACGAGAAAGUAUACACUUAAUGGCAAGUCCUUUAACAGCAUUGAUGUGCAGAGAGAUCUUGGAGUCCAAGUUCAUAGCUCACUGAAAGUGGCAGCACAAGCAGAUACUUGUAGGUUUGUAAUCAUUUGAUUGGACAUUUUGUUUGGUUUUUAGAAAGUGGUUUCUCAAUUUUGAAUGUACUCAAAAGUUCAUAAAUCAUAGGAGCAGAAUUAGGUCAUUUGCCCCAUCGAGUCUGCUCUCCCAUUCAAUCGUGGCUGAUCUAUCUUUCCCUCUCUACUAAUCCAUACUAAUCAAGCACCAUACUAAUCAAGAACCUGUUAAUCCCAUGACGCCCAUACUAAUCAAGUACCUGUUAAUCUCGGUUUUAAAAAUACCCAAAUGAUUUUGCCUUCACAGCCAUCUGAGGCAAUGAAUUCCACAGAUUCACCACCCGCUAACAAGUAUUGCUGGUGGUUGUACUGAAAACCAGCAUUCAGAUGCAGGUAGCAAUUAUGAAAGCAGUUCACAUGUGAACCUGUAUUACAAAUGUUUGAAUACAACACUGAAGAAGUCUAAUUGCAAUUGUGUGAGCCCGUGGUGAGACUUUGUAUCUGGUGUACAGUUUAGUUUUAGAGCUACAGCGUGGAAACAGGCUCUUCAGCCCACCGAAUCUGCACCGACCAGCACUCCCCACACAUUAACACUCUCCUCCACACACUAGGGACAGUUUACACUUGUACCAAGCCAAUUUACCUGCAAACCUGUAUGUCUUUGGAGUGUGGUAGGAAACCGAAGAUUUAGGAGAAAACCCACGUGGCCUCAGGGAGAACGCACAAACUCCGUACAGACAUCAAAUUGAAUCUGACAGCACGCAAUUUUCGGGAACCUGGGUCCCCGGUGCUACAAGUGCUAUAAGGCAGCAACUCUACUGCUGUGUCACCGUGCCAUCGUUGGGCACUUUUCCUAAGGUGUAGACUCCAAGGUAGGAGUGCAGCAAAGAUUCAAUGGAUUAAAUUCAUCUUAGACGGGAACAUGGACAGGAAAGGUUUAGAGGGAUAUUGGUAAAAUGUGGGCAAUUGGGACUAGCUUAGAUGGUGCAUCUUGGUCGACAUAGAAGAGCUGUGCCGAUGGGCCUGUUUCUGUGCUGCCUGACUAUUAUAGACACUGCAUCACAAAUGCAGGUUAAUGUUGGCUCACGUUCUGAUAUUUAAUGGAGUAACUCUUUGCAAAUUACACUAAUGCCUCAAUGCCGCAUGAAAUUGUACAGAGAAGGGAAUUACUUCUAUUUAAAAUCAGUCUUGAAGGAGGAGUAACAUUCCUUUAAUAAAAAACAGGUUUGUUUUUGAAGUAUGUUUUUACGGGAAUGCAAUUUGAUUUUUAGUUAUAUGCCA